AUGAUCCCUGUACCCGUCAAACGGCGUAAAUCGAACUCCUCAACCGCCAUCCCCAUUCCAACCGCAAGUGGCGGACCUGCACUUUCCAGACGAGAUGGAUCAAAUAAGCCUUCCAAUCGUGCGUCGUUCCAGUCGUCAAGCAAAGCAAGCCUUGCGCGAACCCAGCCCGACCUUCUCUCUCACGUACUAGGCCGUUCAGCUGUGCAUAGAGCCCAGCGAUCAGAGACUCGUGGUCUUGAAUUGCAAGACAGCCAGGCAUCCAGGGGGAAUGCCCCUACUAAUGGACAAAGAGUAAAGGAUGUGACUCUCUUACCGCCGGACUUCGACUUGACUCAGCCUGAACUAGAACCAAGUCAAGAGGAGAUUAAACGCAAGUUCACAGAUCCAGAGCCCUCGCUGCUACAAACUUCAAAUCUUGAUAAUAACCAUGUUCGCCGGUCCACCAGAAGAGCAUUAUUCUCAUCAAAGCCUCCCCAGAAACAAGUACUUCAGGCGCCUGAUGUGAUAUCUACUAGCGAGCCGAAACGGGAACUACCUCCUAUACUACCUAACAGCGAAAACAAUAUGGGGGAGCCGGAUCUACCUCCGACGCCAACCCAGCUUGGAAUUCAAAAGCUUGUGUUUCGGUCAAGGGACUCUGUAGGUAGCAGUCCGAGCUUACGUUUUACUAAAGCGAAGAGCUUGGAACUAGAGCACCGCUAUGAAUUCCGAUCCCGACGAGUCAAUGGCAACACAGCCCAAUCUGUAGACCAGGAUGAGAGCGUUUUAGCUACAACUGUGAAAGCCGUGGAAUACGUACCGGAAGAAAUUCUCAAGAAACAAAAACUUCGAGAUCAGCUCGCUGCGCAACUACAGUCGCUUAAGUACGAAGUUGACACUAUUGAAGAUGCCGGUCGGCGCAUUGAAGAGUCCUGUGACCACGCAUCGUUAAACGAAGGGUUUAUAACACAGCUACUGUCUCUACUGACUAGCGAUAACCCUUCUUGCGCGCCUCCCCCAAAGAACCCCCCUCAGCCCACUAUAUCCACGCUCAUUUCAUGCCUCUUGCCCUUUUCUGCCCCAAAAUACACCCCUAGAACUGAAGUGGAGCGAACGCCCCCAACCCUUCCAAAAAAGCCAUUCGCCCUUCAGCAGCCUUCCGAUCCCCUCCCAUUUCUCACUCUUUUUGCCCCCCUCUCACUGACAACGCAUACGAGCACUUCUUCCUCCUCAUUAAAGUCGUCGAAUGAUUCAUCACGCUUGACCGUUAUACACGAAUACGUCCUCUCUCCUCCUCCAAACUACCCCCAAUCUAUCUAUAAGCUUCCGAUAACUGUCAAAACGGACCCCGAGAAACAAAACAUCAUUUCCCUCUCCAUUCCAGAUUCUUCAUCUUCUUCUGAUAUUGCCAAUAUACCUAUCCAAUUACGUGUAUGGAUGGACAAUCGACUUUUAAAUCCGCUACUCAAACAGGAUGUAUCGGGGCUUUGCUGGGGAGCCUGUCGGUACUGGGAGACUAGUAUUUCACGCGCAAAAGUAUGGCUGCAUUUGGAAAGACUUCACGCCAACAUGCUUAAAGGCCUUCGCUCGAAAGACAUGAUCGAUUGCAAUGGAGACGAAACCGAAGAAUAUACGCCUCGCAAGGUUGUUCCGCACCUCGAACGUUCUUCUUUUCUUUUCACGAAUUUACAAAAUACCACAAAAUACCAAGUUUUGAUAUCUUGUCCGAUACAUAUUGAUCUUUGGACAAGUGAGCCGUUUUUGGAGCCCGAUAUCUGCAUAUCAACAUCGGCGCUUUAUGAGAGUAAUACUACGAAGGUGGAGAAUGAGGCACGUUGUGUGUUCUGGAAUCUACUGAAAUAUGAUAGUCGUGACGUUGAGCUUGGCUUUGAUAAGAUUAUCAAAGCGACAGAAGCUGUUGUGGAAAUGUUGUAUGAGGAGCGUGCGUUAGGCGGCAGAUUCUAG